CCCACCGCCCAGCCAGCGAGGCGCCCCGUUGGAAUCCGCUGGAACGGGACGCGUCGCCAUUCGCUGCCGCGUCCAGUUACGUUUCGCUAGCUCCGUUCGCGUUCGCGUUCCCGUUCCCGUUCCCGUUCGGCCUUGACAAUCCCCACCCCAAGUCCCCAACGACGCAGGAUCGAACCGAAUCCUCCGGAACUCGCCGCCGUAGGACCGCCGCCGCCGCCAGGACCGGCCGACCCGAUUCCAUCGAUCGAGGAUGUCGUACGCCUACCUCUUCAAGUACAUCAUCAUCGGCGACACAGGCGUGGGGAAGUCGUGCCUGCUGCUGCAGUUCACGGACAAGCGCUUCCAGCCCGUGCACGACCUCACCAUCGGCGUCGAAUUCGGCGCCCGCAUGAUCACCAUCGACAACAAGCCCAUCAAACUCCAGAUUUGGGACACGGCUGGCCAAGAAUCAUUCAGAUCUAUUACUAGGUCAUACUACAGAGGUGCUGCUGGUGCCCUUUUGGUUUAUGAUAUCACUAGGAGGGAGACCUUCAAUCAUCUCGCAAGUUGGCUAGAAGAUGCAAGGCAGCAUGCAAAUGCUAACAUGACAGUGAUGCUGAUUGGAAACAAAUGUGAUCUUUCUCAUAGACGUGCUGUCAGCUAUGAGGAAGGCGAACAGUUUGCCAAGGAGCAUGGUCUGGUCUUUAUGGAGGCAUCUGCUAAAACUGCACAAAACGUUGAGGAGGCAUUCAUUAAGACCGCUGGUACAAUAUACAAGAAAAUCCAAGAUGGCAUAUUUGAUGUAUCAAAUGAGUCCAAUGGGAUCAAAGUUGGCUACGUUGUUCCCAACUCAUCUGGAGGUGGUGCUGGCUCGUCCUCCCAGGCUGGUGGCUGCUGCAGUUGAGUGGUGGCAGCGAGUCAUACAAUUGCACAAGUUUCUCCCUGCACUAUCUUGAUGUUUGCCUAUAGCUGGCCCCGGAUGAUUUGUUCUUUCAGCCAUCACGUUUCAAUCCAUGAACAAACCAUCUCCAGUGUUAGCUGUCAUUUAUACUUGUGCAAUCUUUCUGUAAAGCCAAUCAUUGACGAUUACUACCCUAUGUGUCUUCUGUAACCAAAUUGAAAUCAGUUUUAUGGUAUUCAUUUGUUCAAAAUGUAUAUAUGCUUCUGUGCCAAGUCAUGUUGUUUCCCUGCAACCCUAUCCCUACGAUGAAAUUUGGUGGAGCUUAUAGCUA